AUGUCUUCGGUACCGAAACUUGAGUGGAUCGUCGAGUUUGGCGAUACAUUUUCCUGGGUAGAAGACGACAUAGUACAGUGUAACAUUUGCAAUGUAAAUAUACAUUGCUCCAAAAAAGGGCAUUUUACGCAACACGUGCGCAGUCAAAAACAUGUAACUGCAAUGAACCAGCCCAUGGGAGGCGACUUUAAUAAAGAUUUGUGUCGUGCUUUUGCUGCUGCUAAUAUACCGUUGCGGAAACUUCAAAAUCCUGUAUUUAAGCAGUUUUUAGAAAAAUAUACAAAUAGCCACGUAUUAGACCAGGCGACAUUGCGUAGAAUUCAUUUGCCCAAAUGUUACACAGACAUCAUGGCCCAAAUCAAAUCGCAGAUUGCGGAUAAUUAUAUAUGGGUGUCAUCGGAUGAAACGACAGAUGUUUUAGGGCGUUGCGUAGUUAAUGUGGUUAUUGGUAUACUACAUUCUACAAUACCAUACAAACCAUUCGUCAUUGAAUGCCAUAUAUCCGCAACCGUAAAUGCGGAAAUUAUUUCCUCCAUAAUUGAUAAUUGUUUAAACGACAUUUUUGAUAAUGUGGAAGAGAAAUAUAAUAGAGUUCUUUUAUUUGUUAGCGAUGCAGCCCAGUAUAUGAAAAAAGCAGGCAGAAUAUUGAAGGAGCGAUAUAAAAAUUUACUCCACAUUUCUUGUUUGGCUCAUGGGCUGCAUCGCGUGUGCGAAUUUAUUAGAGACAAUUUUUCGGACGUCGAUAAAUUAAUGAGUUCCUACACCUGUCCACAUCUGUCUCUACCUCCUUCACCCGUUAUAACGAGAUGGGGUACGUGGCUAGAAGCAAGUUUGUUUUACAGCCAACAUUUAGAUGAAAUAAAAAAUGUAAUUGUAACUUUAAAAGACGAUGCGGCCAAUUAUGGUACAAAAGAGUGUUCUGUUCAUUUAACCGAUGUUAUAAAAAGCAAGAAGUCUGUGAAGUACUGUCUAUCAUCAGAUGAAGCUUCCGACAAAGAUGAUCCAUAUGCAGAUCCAGAAUUUACAGAUGACGAAUAUAUACCAGAUGAAUCUACGCCUAGUACAGGACGGACAAUAACUCCAAUAUCGUUUGAGCCUCUUUGUACCAGAGUAAACAAACAAACAGUUAGGCGCAGAUUAUUUACCAAAGAAGAUAAAACAUGUUUAGACAGCGGAUUUGUUGGAGAACGACCACAGAUGAACCGAAUUAAAAAAGCUUGCAGUAAGAUAAAAAUUUAUAACUCUGGUAAAGUUAUUCUGGAGACUAUAGAAACAUUUCAUGAGGGACAGUAUCAUGUCGGUAUGUUCAGUGCUGCUUUGUCUCAUUCCGAUGAAAGAUACCUGAGUUGCCACGUUUUCGACCAAAGUAUUAAUCACGAUUGUAAAUUAUCAACCCAUGGAAAGAAUAUUGGUUUCUUAUAUAGACAAGAAAAAAGUUUAAUGUGCCACAUACUAUGUUGCAUUCCACCAAAUGUAGUAUUAGAAGGUACAGAAAUAAAAGCGGAUCAUAUAAAUCAAAAUAUAACGUCUCUUAUAAUGCAGCCUAUAGAUUCUGAACUGAAAUCUUCUACAAAAUUGAAAGGGCACUAUUGUUUCUACUGUGGUAAACUAAGAACCUGUAUGGGUCGCCAUUUGCAAAAGGUCCAUGCAAAAGAAACUGAAGUAAAAAACAUGUGCUUCAAACCAACAAAAGAGAAAAACAAACUUUUACGUCAACUUCGGUUGAAAGGUGAUCAAAAGUACAAUUUGCAAGUAAAUUUACAUCAAAGAAUCCCUGUAAGAAAACCAAUAAAACAAAAGUUAUCUGAAAGUAUUCACUGCCCCACUUGUUCUGGCUUGUUUGCAAAACGAAAUUUUGCUAAACAUGAAUUAAAAUGUUCAAAAAGAGCCCCAGACAGAAGACGUAGGCGUCAAAAUGCUUUAAUUUUAGAUCAGAGACAAAUUUCAAAAAGUUUAGAAGAAAAACUUCAUAUAAAACUCGUAAGCAACAUGCUAAACGACGAAAUUGGUGUAGUAGCAAAAAAUGAUCAGACAAUACUUUUGCUUGGAAUACAUUUAUGCAAGCUAAAUUCAGAACAACGUUUUAUGGAUAAUACUAGGUCACAGAUGAGACGAUGUGCAAGAUUGUUGUUGAUUAUUAAACAGCUGGAUCCAUCAAUCACUUCGUUCGCUGAAUGUUUUAUGCCAUCUAAAUACAAAUUAAUAAUGCAGGCUAUACGUAAUCUUACAGGUUCUAGAGAUGAAGAGGUUAUCACCGCUCCAUCUCUUGCUUUACAGUUUGGCCCUUUAUUGACGACAAUUGCCUCUCGUUUAAAGAUUCAGCUUCUUGAAAAUAAUGUAGCUGAGGAAGAUCCACGUAUGGUAACGCUUAGAAAUUUUGAAUUCUUACAUAAACAAGAAUUUAAAAAUGAAAUUACUAAAACAGCUUUGAAAACGGCGAGCAUUAAGAAAGUUAAAACCGCAAAGGAAAUACCAAGUCAGGAAGAUGUAAAAAUCUUUAACCUUAAAAAGAUUUUGCUCCAAAGUACAGAACAACUUAAAAGUGAAAAUUUUGACAUUAGAUCAUGGAAGACAUUGGGUGAAUGUAUACUAUGCCAAAUAAUGAUAUAUAAUCGUAGACGACCAGGAGAAAGUUCUCGUAUGCUUUUAGAAGACUACAAAACAAGAAAACAACUCCAACAGGAAAACUACAAACAUCUUAAUCGCCUGCAACGUAUAUUAGCUGAGAAAUUUUCAUUUAUGUUCAUCUUGGGUAAACGGCACAGGCCUCUUAACCUGCUACUGAAAUCAGAACAUAUAGAGGCCCUCGAUUUUUAUUUAUCAUUUCGAGAACAAGCACAAAUUCAAGAGAGUAAUGUAUUUCUCUUUGCAUUCAAUAAUAAUAAUGGUCACCUCUCAGCGUCAGUGGCACUUCGAAAAUUUGUUCAUAACGCUAACCUUAAAGCACCCAGGUCAUUCACUGGUACUUACUUACGGAAACAAGUGGCUACACAAGCACAGAUCUUGGAUUUAUCCCACAAUGAAAUGCAGCACGUCGCAGAUUACAUGGGACAUGAUUUAAAUGUACAUUUGUCCAAUUAUAGACUGAAUGAUGCUUCAGUUAACAUUUUUACUUUAUCACGGUUUUUGAGUGUCAUUGAUGGAGACGAUGAUAUUGAGAAAUAUCGAGGAAAAAGAUUAGAAGAUUUAGAACCGUUUAUUCCUGAUGAAGACUAUGACAUUGAGGAUACGAAUCCUGAUGAACCAAGCACUGAAAAAAGAAGCGCUCCUGUUAAUACACCUCAGAAGAAACGAAAAAGUCCUGCAAAACUACAAAGUCCGUCGCCGUCGUCCCGAAAUCCUACGACUCAAGAAAUUGAAGGUCGCCUAAAAAAUCCCUCAUUGCGUUUGUAUCGGAGUCCAUUAUGUAAAAGGGGAAGAAAAUUAAAGUGGACAGUAGCAGAAUUAGUUAUAAUGCACACAGAAUUUAAAUACAAUUUACAAGAAAAAAAACUGCCGAAACUUUCGCUUUGUCGGGUGAUCCAAAGAAAAUAUUCGCAUAUAUUUCAAAAGGAGCGGUCUGUCGGCUCUAUAUAUACGUGGUUGAUGAUAGCAGUGAUGAACGUGAUAUCCCACUCCGCAACCUUCAUGGAGUCAAUUUUGCCUUACGCAGGUAUCCCGCGCAAUAUAUUUUGCGUGUGGUUGCAACAUGCCGCCUUUGCCGCAACUCAACGCUCCAAAGAUGCCGACUUCCUGGCGGAGCGUGUAGUCGGAUCUCUUUGGAGCGGCUCCCUUUGGGGCGGCUCGCUCCUUUUGAAGAAUUGGCGGCGAUCACAGGAGAAGUCGGCCUAA